GGGAACGAGAACAACUAGAGCAGACAACGAAUGGCGAACAUAUGAGGUCCGUUGAAAAUUGCGAACCAGGAUGCCAUAUCAAGCAACCGUGUGACAGUCACACUUCUCACCAAGUUCGUCUGCCCAAUUUGGUUUCUUACGAGUGAACAAAGUAAACCAGCUCGCCUGAAACCACUCUUCAUCGACGGUUUCGUGUCGGCUGCUACGUCUUUACAUCUUCUCUGCUUCGUUCCUUCCAGCCACGUUCACUUUUGCUGGCCGAAGAGAGGAUUUUGCCUUCACCUCAUCGUUGUCUGUGUGCUUCAGAAAGUUCUCACCCAACGAAGCAGAUAUAUCAAUUUCGAUCAAUGUCCAGGAUGCCCGAAUCACCGGAUGCCACUGAUUCAGUCGGGGACUCUGGCGAUGAUGGACAACUCACCAUUAGGAUUCCCAAUCCUAAAGUUUACAUGGCUCGUCAAUCCCAAUGGAAGGGUCGGAGAGGGAAGCCAAGGUGUGACCAUUGUCGGCUGAAUAAUCUUAAAUGCGACCGCGUUCUCCCUCAAUGUAAUCAUUGCGCCUGGGCUAAUGGCAGGGAAUGCAAAUAUACCCCUUUACCUACUCCUGCUCACAGGGGCAUUCCACGCUGCGACCGCUGCCGUUUAAAGAAUCUCAAGUGUGAUCGCAACCUGCCAGUCUGCAAUCAUUGUGGCAACGAAAAUGAAGUGGAAUGCAACUACACGCCUAAGAAACGACACAAGGUUCCGUCCGACCACGUGAACACAAGAGAUCGCCCGGUGGCUCCCUACGCGGCCAAGACAGCGUCGUUCUUGGUGUCUGAUAUGCCAGCAGGUCCUUCUGGCGGUCUUGGAUUUAAAGGUCAACUUCGAACAGAACCGCAAAUCCGACAAUAUGUUCCAGCUCGCACCCCGCCACUAGAUGGCGAUGGAAUGGAAGUUGAUUCUGAAGUAUACCACCAGUCUGGAGACGGCAACUUUACAUGGGGCAUGAUAGUAACGACACCCCAUAUCGAUCCAUGGACACAUGGAUCGUUUGCUCCCUUACCUGAUGUUGUUAUACAGGCCCUUCGCACUGUGAAUGCCAUCGAGAUGCCUAGUCGUCACGCGUUUGACGAAGCUCUGGGUAGGUUUGUCAGCGGUCUUGCGCAAGAACUGCGAGAAACCGCUACGUUCCCUGUUGACUCUUAUGCAUCAAUUUCACGGGCUGUAUCAGAAGGAACGGUGGCGGAGCUGCAGCCUCGUCUUCGUAUGUGGGCUACAUGUCACCAUGCGAGGGCGGGCUCACGGAAGAACCAUCUUAUCCUUUUGCCCCGCGAUGCCUUCUACAACAUGAACCCUGCAGACGAAGAGAAGCUUAGAGCUCAGUACAUUGUUCAGACCGAUGGCGAAGGUGGCGGACAACAUAAUGGACAACUUCAAGAUGGCACAAGCAACUCACUAGAGUCUGUUGCCGUAUUCGAGAGGGUUCCUGUUCAACCACAGAUAUAUGAUGUCCUAGUGUUCACACACAGGAAUCAUGGUUCAACAUCAACAAUGUUGUUUGAGGCCCGACGGAUAGGCAUUGUAAGAGUGUUGCUGGUGUUUUUUCCGCAUCGUUUACUCAUUGUGACAUAGGCCACAAUCACAUGGCCAAUGGUUGAGCUAUUCAUUCGUCUGUGUCCUCUAUGCAAGAUGCGCGCCAAGGGCGCAAAUACCAAUGCUCACCGGCCCAUGGUGGACGAGGAGGCUUUGAAGGCGCAAGCCGCUCAUGCGUCCCAGCGAUGAUUACGCUGGUUCCUCGUUCUUUUCUUUUGGUUAAUACUGAUUCUGGCCGAUGGGCUUGCUUGGAAUGUACUUAGUAAUCCACACGCUUUGGUGUAUAACUAUAUUUUUAUUGGCAACAGAAAGCCUUUUGAAUGGCGCGGGAAUCUCUCAUGAUUACAAGUAUACACGAUCUUACUGGAAGCAAAUCAGUACGGUUGACUCUGGCCAUUGAGAAUU